CCGGGAAUGCUGGGUUGUUUACAUUACUGGCACACGGGUCAGCGGUGUGGCGAUGAAGGAAAGGGGGGUCGGCCUCGUAGUGAAAGAGAAGUCCGUCUGAAAACACGUACACAUCCCACGACUGACUCAACAGAAACGUCGCUCUCUGGGGGAGAAAAGAGGGAGAGAAAGAGGGAGAGAGAAAAACUUUUUUUUUUUGAGAGCAAAGUGCCACGCAAGAAGAGAGGCCCGUCGAGUUAUUUUUUUAUCAUUUUUUUUUUUGUUAUUGCCUCGACCUUGGAAAGAAAGGGAAAGUCAAAACAAAAGACGACCGCCAUAGUCACCAGGAGAAGGUCCCAGGGUGAAGAAGAAGAAGGAACAGCUUAGCAACAGAGUCCCACUUCCUGAGGUGUGCAGGAUCAAGCUCCUAACACCAUGGAUAUGGACACGCAGCCACAGGGGCAGCAGGCGGCCGUGCCCGUGUUUCAGCAGCAGAAACCGUUGCAGCCAGACAUGGGCCAUAAUUCGCUGGCCAACUUCCAGAUUGAGAAGAAGAUCGGACGCGGCCAGUUCAGCGAGGUGUACCGAGCCCGAUACCUGUUAGACAACACGUCGGUGGCCCUGAAGAAAGUUCAGAUAUUCGACUUGAUGGAUGCCAAAGCUCGGCAAGAUUGCAUCAAAGAGAUAGAUCUCCUUAAGCAAUUGAACCACCCCAAUGUUAUAAAGUACCAUGCUUCUUUUAUCGAGGACAAUGAGCUGAACAUAGUGCUGGAGCUAGCAGAUGCCGGGGACCUCUCUCGUAUGAUCAAGCACUUUAAGAAGCAGAGGAGGCUAAUCCCAGAGAGGACGGUGUGGAAAUACUUUGUCCAGCUCUGCAGCGCACUUGAACAUAUGCACUCCCGGAGAGUCAUGCACAGAGAUAUCAAACCAGCCAAUGUAUUCAUCACAGCGACUGGAGUAGUCAAACUAGGAGACUUGGGACUGGGACGGUUCUUCAGCUCCAAAACAACCGCUGCUCACUCACUAGUGGGUACUCCUUACUACAUGUCACCGGAGAGGAUACAUGAAAACGGCUACAACUUCAAAUCUGACAUCUGGUCGCUAGGAUGCCUGCUGUACGAGAUGGCAGCCUUACAGAGCCCGUUCUAUGGGGAUAAGAUGAACCUCUACUCCCUUUGUAAGAAGAUAGAACAGUGUGACUACCCCCCACUUCCCUCAGAUCACUAUUCAGAGGAGCUGAGGAAAUUGGUAGAUAUGUGCAUCAACCCCGACCCAGAGAAGAGGCCGGACAUCGCGUACGUGUACGACAUCGCCAAACAAAUGCAGCAUGUGACGCAGGGCAUCUGAAGCCCUCCAGGGUUACACACACUAUGCCUCGCAGAAAACUCCUCCCCAUCGUCCCUACUUGCUUUUCAUGCUGGACUCAUAACACAUCUGUCAGAUUUUUUUUUUUUUUUUUUUUUUACAAAAACUUGAGAGUUUAUCUCCUUGUAAUAAGUAGUGCAUGUAACAGUAAUGGUACAGUCUAUAAUCUGACCCAAACCCUUUUUUUUUUUUUUUUUUUCCUGUAAAGGUUAUAGAGAAUAUACUUUAUUUUUUUUCUGGAGUACCCAUUCCUUUACACUUCAGCAAUGUUAUCACACAUUUAAAAUCAGUGUAUUGUUGUGUUGUUGGCUUCAAAGCACGUCCUCUGUCCAUGCAGCCGAACGAAGCCAAGGCAAGAAGAUUACAAUGUUCAGUGUUCAACGGUUUCAAAUGUUAUUUCUAGCAGGCUUUCCAUGUGUCACAUUAGUUAGCAAACGGCACAAAAAAAAAAACAAGAACGAAAAUGAAAACCUUGAGCUAAAAUUAAAGUGAAGAGCAGCAAAAUCUCAGACGUAACACGGCGUGCUGCACUUUUUUACCCUGGUACUGGAAGGGUGAUCAUGUCUAAUGAAUGUAUUAGAAAAGGAAGGAUUAUUUAGAAGGUAGACUAGAGCAGUGCUAGGGGGAGAACACGGGCAAAUGUCUUCGCAACACAUUGAAUGUAAGUCAUUUUGACAUCUGUGUAUUGUCUUUGAAAAAGUCAGGACGCCUCUGUUUUUUGACAGCCUGCUUGGCAUGAAAGCAGUCGUACAUGUGCUGUUUACCUUAGUCACUGACAUCAAAAUAUUCCCCUUCUUUUUUUUCUCGGUUCAACUUGAGCACGGCUUUUCUUCCCCGUGGUCCGGUGGAUGCAUCUGACGCACCAGAGAGAGGCGGUCUAACUAAACAAGGGGUUGUUAACGUUGCUGUGUAGGUUGCAGUGUCUUCUGUUUGUCUCUUUUAAAAAAUAACAAAAACGACAUGAGAGGUACUUUCCCCACUGAGGCUGUCCACUCUGGAAAUACGUCGCGGUUUGCCCCGACAUGUGUCCUCAGUUUAGAGGAAAGUCACACGCAGAAAGCAGCUCAUAUUAUGUAAAAGUAUCUUUUAUGAAAAAUAUGUCAAACAGAAAGAAAGAAAGAAAGAAAGAAAGCACCAAUGGGGCGAACUUUACUGUACAUAGGGAAGAAUAAAACUUCCACUGUAUAAAUAGAGGGUUUUAAAGACCUUUUAUUCAUUUGGAAGGUGGGAACGAUGAUAUACAUACAGUAUAAUAUAUGUAUAUGUAUUUUUUUUUUUUUUUUUUUUUUGGCAGGUUUUCAGUGGGUCAAAAAAGACCAGCACUGAGAACCACAGGUUUACAUUAUGACAGUGGGCCUGUUCAGACCUCGCCUUAAGAGCCGAUCUGGGCCGUCCGACCGCGAGUAACUGACUUUAGGUAAAAACCCCGACUUAUCUCAGAUGGAUCUCUACCGCUGCUCCACAGCCGAGGACAUUGUGCGCGUGCGUUAUGACUUUGGCUUCACACGUUUAUAACUCCGACCCUGGAACCUUAAUCUCCGUUAACACAGGAAACACUUAAACACCUGCCGCUCCUUGUACAUCAGCGCGACCACAUUAACAAAUAACACAGAAUCACACUCGCGUACUUCGUUAGUCUAAUAGAGUAAUUGACUACCUCCUGGUAAAAAAUUUGCAAAAACUUUAGUAUUUUUUAUUGAUAUUGUAACAGUAAGUCAAAACAAAAAAUGACUUGGGAAAUUAUGCUAUGAGGUUAACAUUUUUGCAAAUUAAUGAAUUUAAUGAAUGACACAAAACUCCGCUGACACACACACACACACACACACACACACACACACACAUAUACACACACAUAUACAUAUAUAUGUGUAUGUAUAUGUAUAAGUAUAAUAUCACACUACUCAAGGAAUCUGAAUGUAAAUGUGAUCAGAUCAGAGAUCAGAUCCCUAUUAGGUGCUCAGAUCUUGAUCCGCGGUCUGAACGGGCCCAGUGACUCCCCUAUCGAAGGUGUAGUAGGUAAACGAUGAUUGAUAGCGGUUUAUUUCAGUGUCUUAUGAAUUCUUUUUUUUUUUUUUUUUUUUUUUGUUAAAUCAAAUAGCCUGUUAACCCGUCAUUCAAUUUGAACUCCAAAUGUUGUUCUGUUAACAUUUAGUACUAUUAACAUGUGUUAUACAUAAAAGCAAAGCUUUAUGGGUGCAACGAAAAUGUAAGUUAUUUUGUUUUGCCUAACAGAAGAUUUUUAGUAUGUUGUUUGUUUGGGACUUGCAAAUACAGAGUUUGCAGUUUUUGUUUUUCAGUCGUUAUACCUUGUCCUUGGAUGUUGUUCCUAUGUGUCGCCUUUAAUUCACACGACAUUUCUUUUUGUUAAUCUUCUGUUUCUAUGCUUUCUGAAUAAGAUAAACUGCAUAGCACCAAAUCAUUUCAGUAUUUCAUGGAUUUUCAGGGGGAGCUAUUGCUUUAAAGCACUUUUUUUAAAGACAUUUCUAUUUUUAAAGCUUUACAGAGUUUAAAACUAUGGUAGUGUUUAACAACGGAAUACCAGAAUAGAUGGUUUAGGAGAAAUUGUCUGUUUUUUUUUAUCCCCCUCGUAUUUAAUUAAAGCACCUGGUGCAUUCGUAUUGGCUUCGAAAUGCAUUUACUUUACAUCGAAGGCCUUUCACUGCACCAAAGCACCGUAGUGAUAGAGUCUAUCUCUGCAAUUAAGGUUGUUGUUUACAAGCAGAAGCAGAGACUAAGGAUGUUUAAUACAGAGUGCUCUGUCACUUUAAGGGUGACGCCUCGUCUGUGUGUAACGCACACCAGUACUGUGUCCCGGGCCUUUUAGCUUCGCCACGUUUACCGUCCUCCCAGCCCUCUGAAGUUAUGGAAGAGCCCACGUGUUGUCAACAGAGUAAAAUACUGGCAACUAAUAUUUAUUGUCUUGGUAGUUUAGUUGUUUUUCUGAAUAUGUCAUGUGAAAUGGAAAAAAAAAGUGCCCUUAUCAAGAAAAAAUGCCUUGUAUGCAAACUCAAUGUAAUAAAGCUUUCAAAUUUCUUUUGAA